AUGGUUGCUUACGUUUCUAAACUAUCAGCAAAGACUGCUGCUCACUUCGGUAGAAUCACUUUUGAAAACUUGAAGAGUUACGCUCCAAACUUGGCUCUUUGGGGUGGUGCUUCUACUUUCGGUUUAUUCGUGUUCACCGAUGGCUGGCCAACUUUCCAAGAUGCCUUCUACAGAAAGAUCCCAUACUUCGGUGACCACUGGGUUAAGGUUGUUGCUCCAGAAGACAGUCCUCAAUAA